CUGUGUGGGAGGUGUGAAGGCAGUUGUGAAGAUGGUCUCCACCAAACGACGAUGAAGAAGUCGUGGUGUGAACAGUGCACGUCGCGUAUAAAAGUGCUGUGGGCAGCGCUCGCCCGCUCACUCGCUCACUCCGGGCAUCGCCGCUCGCUGGCAGCGAUGGACUCGCCCUCCCUCCUCCUCGCGUGCUUGCUGCUGCUGACCUGUUCAGUCUGGACGGGACAGGGGAGACGCCUCGAGGUCAACGCGGACCAGGAGCAGUGGGACGUGGAAGCGUCUGUGGAAGCCAGCGAGCUUCCAGGCGUUUGCUGGGCCUGCAAGUGGGUGGUAAACAAAGUGAGGAAGGCCACUGGACCGAACGCCACAGCAGAGGUCAUUGAGGCAACGCUCUCGACCGUCUGUGAUAAAAUCGGCCUUUUAAAAUCUCUGUGCCGCAAAUUCGUGAAGAGUCACCUGAGCGUGUUAAUCGAGGAGAUAACGACCUCGGACGACGCGGCGACCGCCUGUGUCAACGUUGGCGCCUGCAAGUCAAAGGAGUUGAUGGACUUGCUGUUUUAACAAAGUGAAGAAGAUUAACAAAUUGUGAUUAAUAAAUAUUCUUAAUGCUGCAUGAGCGAGAAAAAAAUAAACAUGAACCACAAGUUUCCCUGUGUGAUUCACUGAGAUUACAGCGAUCUGCUUAACGUUGCAUUUUAUCUCGUGUCUUUGCUUUGCAAUGCAAUGCUGAUUUCCGUCUACGUGACUGUGACUGAUUGCAUGUCAAACACAAUAAAGACUCUGUUCUUAACUGUCUGUCAUUAACUGACUGUUAAUAAAAUAAAAUAAAUCUAUGAA